UUCUUCUCGAGAUUCUCUUCGCCAGCGUCGGUUCCAGUCUCGUCUUUGCUCAUACCACUCAGGCCACCAGUCACCCUCACGUCUGGCUUGCUGCUUGGCUGCCGUUCCCUUUCUCGCCGACCCGAAGCGAAAACGACGACUCAUUAGCAGCUCGCCCGAAGUCGUCGGAGGCCAGCCCCAGCACGGUUCUCAAUGGCUGCGCGACGGCUUGAUCAUACGCUCUAGGGUUGUCCAACAUGUGCUUCACAAUGCAAAAGUCCAGAGACCCUGCGCAGCCGACCAAACUCCGCCGACGACUUACCGCGAACGCCCAGAAUGCCGGCCACUCAAUCAUCCAGCUCACUAGAGCUAUCAGCCUUGGGUUCUUCCCGUCUCCGACUGUGAUCCACCUCGGGAACCGAGCAGACAUCUAUCUGAGCGCAGCGAUUCAGAAGCACCUUCGGAAGACCUACGAUGCUUGCCGGAACGGGCAGCCCUUGGUCACAAGGGAACAAUUCCAAAAAUUCCUCGAUGGGACACAGGGCGAGGCGAUGCCGAAGCUCACGGAGCAGAAAUACACCUUCGAAAAGUUCCUCGAGCUGCUAUGGCUGGACUUUGGCGUUGACGCGAUGAAGCCGAGCCCGGCGGCAGAGAAGGACCUGUCUUGGCCGAUGAGCAAUUACUUCAUCAACAGCAGCCACAAUACAUAUUUAUGGGGCUUCCAGCUGUUGACAAAGGGCACGACGAAUGCAUAUCGUCGCGUGUUGCAGAAGGGCUGCCGCUGCGUCGAGAUUGACGUCUGGGAUGGCGACAAGCCACUCCCGACUGGAGACCAAGUGCAGGGCAACCGCCCGCCAUCGCAUCGCCGCGGUUUCUCGGGGAGUAGCAUUCACAGUGCAGCAGCCCAAGUAAAGGGAACCGUGUCACGGGAGAUUGAGAAGAGACGAGAGAAGCGAGGCAUGCCUAAGCAGCACAGCCACAGUCCGAGGUGCAGCCAAUUCGAUAGCUUCGCGACCCUACAGCCCGCCGGGACGAAAACCAGUUCCGAUAUCGAUCAGCUGUCCGUCAAAUCGAGAUCCUUUCCCCGGCACGAGCCCAUUGUCAUGCAUGGGUACUACGACUACCAGCUCACGGAGCCUGUAGGCUUCCGCGAGGUGUGCCAGACGAUUAGAGAAGAGGCUUUCAAAUCGACAAAUCUCCCUUUAAUUGUCAGUCUUGAGGUGCACGCCCGAGCUGAGCAGCAAGAGGUCAUGGUCCAGAUCAUGAAGCAGGAGUGGAAAGAUCUGCUCGUGGAUGCACCACUAGAUGGGUUGCCCAAGCAUCAGAUGCCACGCCUGUGCGAUUUGCAGAGGAAGAUACUCAUAAAAGUGAAAAAGUCGGCCUCUUUGGGAGAAAGCACAAACUCGUCUUUGAUGCUCCCGCCAGGCAGCCCAGGGCUCAACGACGAUGGAUCCAUAUCUGACGGUGAACGGCCCGCACCUCCGACAACCCGGAAGACCAAGAUCUGUGAUGCUCUUGGAUCGCUGGGCAUCUACACCCACAGCGAGCAUUUUGACAAGUUUGAGGCGGCAUCCUCCAAGGUCGCAUCUCACAUCUAUUCGCUUAGUGAGAAGCAGAUCAUCGACUUGUACACUACGAAGCACAAGGAAAUGUUUGCCCACAACCGGAAUUUCUUCAUGCGUGCAUAUCCUAAGAGCAUGCGGGUAGACUCAUCAAAUCCUGACCCGGCCAGCUGCUGGCGAAAGGGCGUCCAGAUGGUCGCGCUGAACUGGCAAUCGUGUGAUGAGGGCAUGAUGCUGAAUACCGGCAUGUUCGCGGGAGAGGACGGCUGGGUGCUCAAGCCUGCAGGUUACCGCAGCACCGACGCCUGCAUCUCGCAAUACGAUGCCAUCCCUGCGAAGACACUGGAGCUCUUUAUCACGGUCUUCGCUGGCCAGCAUAUUCCUCUGCCAGAAGACAUGAAGCCCAAACACACAAAGCAUUUCCGUCCUUUCGUCAAGUGUGAACUUCACGUGGAGAAGCCCGAGGAGCGCCCCAGUGAGGCGAUGGACGCCGAUUUCAGACCCCGUGAGAUCGACUACAAACAGCGGAUUGACCAUGGAAAGACGGACCAUCCCGAAUUCCUGCAGAACAAUAUUCUCCGGUUUCAAAGCAUUCCAGGUGUGGUAGAGGAUCUAAGUUUUGUCCGGUUCAAAGUCGAGGACGAUUCGCAGCGGUGGUCCUUCCAGCGCGAUGGUGUGGCGGCGUGGGCGUGUAUUCGCUUGAGCCGACUUCAAACAGGGUAUCGCUUCAUCGACCUCUAUGACAUGCAAGGCAACAAGACGGAAGGCAAGCUCUUCGUCCUGGUACAGAAACACCUGCGUUAAAGACCCACCCACACCGGGCAUUGUCAGAGCCCGCGUGUUAUCAAUCUAACGUCCUCAAUCGUCGGACCCCCAAAGUGGUGUAGUCCCAGGCAUGGACGAUUUCAUCUGAUUGAUCUAUGCCUGAAAUAUGUUUCCUACUCCCUGCUGUACAUCAUCCCUUUUGUAUUGUCAUUAUCUGACGGAGGUGCUCCCCGGUCACAACACAUAUACCCACGACGCUGUUGUCACAUUUCCUUAAGUUGCUGCAGUUUCUGAUUUGGAUUCAAGCCAGCCAUAGCAUAGCGAAGUCUUUUGACCAAUGUAUCAUUGAAUGUUCUUCGAGAGGACUGCCACCGCCGGCUCAUACGUGAAUAAUUGACCUCUGUGCUUGCCAUGUUCAAUGAAAGUUUAGUAAAAGGGUGACGCAUACCUGCACACACGGAGGCUUCAUCAAGGAAGGGGAUG